UACGAGCAACGUUCUUGUAGAACUCCAUAAAACAGAAUGUAGAUAUACAAAUACAAGGUGAAAUGAAAAAUAUAAAUGUAUCAAGUCAUGAAGAACGGAUGAUUGCAAUAUAGUGGAUUGAGUCAGAUAUAAAAGGAAGUAGGACAAGGAAUAAAUCAUGUCAUCUUUAAAGUUUGUUAAUAACAUACUGCUGAUUUUUUGUGCUGGUAUAAUAUGCAGGUGCAUAGUUGAAGGUCAAACAUGCGAACCCUUAACGGAUCCCGUGUAUGGUUCGGUUAGCUGUACUGGCAAUCAGGAGAACGAUAGAUGUGACAUUCAAUGUGAUCAGGGUUACGAAUUAUCAAGUAGCAGCACCGAAUCUAGACAUUGCGUUUGUUCAGACCCUACAAAUUGUUUCUGGAACGGAGUCGAAGCCUCAUGCGACCUUGUUGUGGACACAUGUCCUCCGCCAACUCUAUCUGGAACUACCUACAAUCUCAUUGACAUCGCUCCGACAGGAGCAGUUGCAAGAGUCACUUUUACACCGACCGUUAACUCUGCUACCGGAUGGUCUGUCAUUGUCAUAUUUUCCAGUGCGCUCGAUGAGGGAAUCGAAGUAGUAUCCUACAGUUCUAGACUAUCAGCUAUUAGCUCAAAUCGCCAGGUUUUAACUUUUACUAAUCGCGAUUACAACGAGGAUGUAUCAACAAGACAACAGUAUUCUUUUACUUUCAUUAUUACUGGAACAAACCUGUUGAGUCAUUCCACGUUAUUUACGGCAAUGGUGGGCUUUUACGAAUCUCCAAUUGAAGAUGCGUCAUGUUUUCUGACGAUUAAUCCCGUUAACCCUCUCCCUACGACGACUUCAUCUUCCACUGUCUCGACCUCAAGUCAAUCGACAACGACUACAACUACACAAUCUACAACCUCCACUACUACGAGUACAACAACUACUACUACACCUACCACGACAACUACUCCUACCACGACCACUUCGACAACGACGACUACGGGCGGUAGUUCAAUUCCGAAUGGUUGCCAAGAAAUCGUUUAUGAAAUCGACAACCCUGGAUGGUCGGACCAAGGACAAUAUAGAUUCAUUUUCCGAUACAAAGCACCAAUGGGAAAUUACAAAGAUUGGAUCAUCAAAGUUGUAUUCUCGGCCGAAGUUACUGAAGUAGUGGCAUAUGAUUCCGUUGCUGACGGGCCUUAUACCGGAGGGAGAGUUUGGCUAUUCACACCUCAGACAUGGAAUGAUGAUAUGACAAAUCAACAAAUGGAUGCAAUCGGAAUGAGUGUGGCUGCGGAUAAUUCGGCACCAGAUGGAAUAGCCAUAUUAUGCAACGAUGGAGUGGUACCAGAUCUCAGCAUAAUUUCUACCGGUACUGGAGCCACCACUCAGACUUCCAGUUCUACGACAACAACUACGUCUCAAGGAGUGACAGAAACUACCACAGUUGGACCAACUCCAACUACUGAUGGUUCUACAGGACAUUUACCCGCAAGUUCAAGUCAAACUGUACCGAGUUUUACAGCUUCACCCGAAAGUGAACGCGAUCCCUACGAUUUCAACGAACUUCUCCACUUAUCAAUUCUUUUCUACGAAGCCCAACGUUCAGGCGAGCUCCCUGCAACGAAUCGUAUUCCAUGGAGAGGUGAUUCCGGACUCAAAGAUGGAUGUGUUGGUGGAACUUGCAUCGAUCUGAUCGGUGGCUGGUAUGACGCUGGUGAUUUUGUGAAGUUUGGAUUUCCGAUGGCCGCUUCAGCUACUGUGCUUGCUUGGGGAAUGGUGGAAUUUCAAAAUGCGUAUGAAGAUGCUGGGGAAUGGGUGAAUGCCCUUGAUAUGUUGAAGUGGGCCACUGAUUAUUUUAUCAAAGCUCAUGUGUCGCCAAAUGAAUUGUACUUUCAGGUAGGGAAUCCAACUGUGGAUCACGCUUAUUGGGGGCAUCCCGAGACAAUGACAAUGGAAAGGCCAAUAUUCAAAGUCGACGAGGCAAAUCCCGGAACUGAAGUAGCUGCAGAGACAGCCGCUGCCUUCGCAGCUUCGUCCAUUGUUUUUCGUGCUUCAGAUAAUGCUUAUGCUGAAAUCUUACUAAAUCACGCUCUUGAGCUCUACCAAUUUGCCUGGGAUUACAGAGGGAACUACCAGGAAUCUGUACCGGAAUCAGGGAUAGCAAAUUAUUACCCAUCGUACAGUGGUUACAAUGAUGAACUGAUGUGGGCAGCAAUGUGGAUGUACAAAGCUACUGGCGCCGAAGAGUAUUUGAACGACGCGAUUGGGCUGAAGAAUACAGUUUACAAUGGACAAUUUUCGUGGGAUCAAAAAGGACCAGGAGCUUUGGCUCUUUUAAGUCAAGAGAGAAGUGAGUAUAAAGGAGAUUUAUUUGCUGGCAUCGACUACGUGAUGACAAUAGAUAAAACUCCUGGUGGCCUUACGCAUUUUUCGGAAUGGGGUUCCAACAGAUACGCAGCAAACUUUGCCCUGAUUGCAUUGGUGGCGGCAAAAAUGGAAGGACUGGACACUUCAAGUGGGCUUGAAUAUUAUAAUUACGGAAAAGAUCAAAUUUACAAAAUGUUAGGUGACGGAGAUAACGCAAGAAGUUAUGUUGUUGGAUUUGGAAAUAAUUCACCUCAAAGUCCCCAUCACAGAGCCAGUUCCUGUGGAAUGUGGACUGAAAAUGAUCCCGAUUCACAAGUUUGUGACUGGAAUGACAGAGAUGCACAGGGACCGAAUCCGCUGAUUUUAUACGGAGCACUUGUGGGCGGACCCGCAGGAGAUGGGUCAUACACAGAUAAUCGAAACGAUUUUAGAGCAAAUGAGGUAGCUGUCGAUUACAAUGCUGGUUUUCAGUCAGCUGUAGCAGCUUUGAAAUAUUUCGUGAUGCAGAACAGAUCUUCAUAAACAUUGUAAUUCGUUCGAUCUAUUAUAUAACACUGAAGACACUAUCGACAAUAUGGUUUAUUCACACACUCAUUAUUUGUCCAUAUCCUAACCAUAUACCAUAUACGAUUACUUCAAAGAAAAGCUUCUAUUGAAUAUUUUCUAAGUUCAAAGUUAAUAGCUAAAAACAUAAUAAUAUUUUUUGACGUCCCAAUUCAAUUGGAUACAAUUUUGACAUUGUUUACUUGGUUAUUUUAUUUUUAAGAGUUGAUUUCAAAGAAUUCUCGUAAUUCUGCAAGAUUAAGUUGUGGGCGUACUACAUUGUCAUAAUCAUAAACCAAUCAAAUGUAUUCACGAAAUAAAAAUUACAUUGAUCGAAUGAAUAAUGCUUCAAUGAUGUAUAUUCAUAUAAAGCAGUUUUUUUACAUUUAAAGGUCGAGAAACUUAGUUGUAUUGAAUAAUACAGUAUGGCAGUACCCAAUGUCAUUUAUGUUAAAACAGGCACGUAGUCUCCAAUGAAUAGCACCAACGAGUUGUAAAUAGGCCUAGCUUUAAGCGUUAGACCUUUUUAAAUACGCUUUGUGACAAAUUCUGGAAACUUAAUUGUGUGAUAACACCUGCCUUAUUUCAAUCAGAUGUAUGUCCCAAUUAAUUACGUCAUAAUUAAUGACAUAAAAUCAAUCGCAGAUAUAAGACUGUAGAUCUUGAACGAAAUGUCAUAGCUGAUGUCACGUUGAACGAUACACGUUUUAUUGACAUAUAUAAAUGCAAUUGUCAUUACAAUAAAUAUCAUCUGUACCCAAUUGAUUAUAAAUAUGUGUGCUGGAACUUGGCACUGUUAUAUCUGGUCAAACAUAAACUACACUUGAUACUCGGGCACGAAAUGAUUUAUAUAAUAUACAUGUGAACGGAUUGUGACGUUAUCUGAAAUUCUACUUUAUUUGUGUGGCGCGAUUGACAAUGUAACAAGAUGAAAGAGUAUAAGUUAGAUAGAGGGCUUAGGCGCUUGCAUAGUACUUGUUAAGGGAAUGUUUUGUUUUUAUAGUCAGUAACUUCUAUUGCGAUGUUUGGGCGAAGUUAAUACCAAAGGUAAAAUAAGAAGGUACUCCCGAGGUACGUGAACCAAGAUGGCGGUCACAGGAAGAUAGU